GUAAUAGCAUUAAAAUAUAAGAUUUAUAAAUUCCAUUAAACACACUUGGACUUAAGUGCUAUUAACAAUAAGAAGUGCUAAUGGAGGACCAACGUCAUAAUUGGAUAGUAAACACCCGUGUUUUGUAUGACUUUAUAAGUUCUAUUAGACUUCCUCAACAACCUCUCUGUGUAGAGUUUACACAAAUGCUAGAAAAUGAAAAUAACGACAACGGUCUAUCUAAUCAACAAAUAGCGUGUGGUUUACAAAGAGAAACUGAAGAAGAUGUCUCAAUUUACGUAAUAGAUGUAACGGUGCCCUCGGAACCCCUCAAAGAAGAACUUAGACGCUACUGUAAAUGCUCAGAUUAUGAAGGAUUUCCUCUACCGUGCAAUAACAACGAUCCAAUGUACCAGUGUGUAGGUACAAUACGUCUGGAAGGCGAUGUUAAUAGGAUCUUGUCUACAACUAAUGAUCAUGGUUCCAUCAUAAUGGCUGCAAAGACAACGGAAGUCUAUCUCUUUGGUUUGAAGAACCUAUCACAAAAUUCAAACGAUGUUAAACCAAUUGCCAUUCUCAAGGGUCAUACAGCUGAAGGUUACGGAUUGGCGUUCAACCAUUCUGCGAGUCAACUUGCUUCAUCUUCGGAAGAUGGUCUCAUGUUUAUUUACGAUCUAGAGAGUUCAAAGUCAAUUUAUAGUUACAGUCAUGAUAAUGGAGGGUUAAACUGCGUAGAUUAUUCUGAAUUUGACAACAAUAUUUGCCUAAUUGCGACAGAAGAUGGGUAUAUAUUAACCGUUGACCCAAGAGAGAAUGGCCCAGUGUCUAGAACAAAAAGGAAUAAGGGAGCUCAAAAUGCUAUCUCUACAACAUCUUUCAAUUCAAAUAUAUUCGCUUCUGGUGAUGUAGAAGGGGUGGUACAAUUAUGGGAUCAGCGCAACCUGGUGGAACCCGUACAUGAAAUAAAGGCACACCCAGAACCUAUAGUCAGACUGCAUUUCAAUAAAUUGAGUAGUUCUUUGAUAGCCAGUGCCUCCGAAGACUCAACCGUAUGCAUAUUCGAUCUAGACUCAGCAGGGAAGGAUAUAGAAUAUGAAGAACAGGAUGUGGACGACGAUUCUCCUCCGGAACUUAUUUUCACUCACAACGGACAUCAAGAAAAAAUAUACGACUUUUCCUGGAGUUCAAACGAAGAUACUGAUACAUUUAUCACAUCUGUAGGUGAAGAUUAUGUUCUUCAAAUGUGGCAAAUGACUGCUGACGUAAUCGACUAUUCAAGUGAAGAUGAAUAA